AGGACCACACUACAAAACACCAUACAUACGUCUCUUCCUCAAUCCUAUCACAUGGCCACGUAAAUGCAAACUCCUCCUCCUCUUCUUCUUCGAUUCAUCAUUUCUUCAAUCAUGUUUCAUCUCUUCAUAUCAAUCAUCGUAUCCUCCACAAUCCUAGUCCAAUCCUCCCACAACAACCACAAGCCCGGGCCCGAAAUCACCCUAAAAAAGAGCCUCUCCUUCCCCACCUUCGGCCCGAACAACAUCAACCAAGACAUCACCCUCUUAGGCAGCGCCGCCAUCCCUCCCCAAACGGGCUGCAUCCAAAUCCCCGAGCCCGAAAACCCCCACUCCUCCGCGGGCCGGGCUAUCUACGCCUCCCCCGUCCGCCUCUUCGACCCGAGCUCCCGCCUCCCGGCCUCCUUCAAGACCACCUUCUCCUUCCGCAUCCGGGGCGGGCCUGAUGACUCAGGCCCCACGUCAGGGGGCUUGAGCUUCAUCAUCGCCCCGGACGAGCUCACCACGGGCCGGCCCGGCCCGUGGCUCGGCAUGCUGAACGACGAGUGCGAGGACGACUACAAGGUCGUCGCAGUCGAGUUCGACACCCGCAUGAACCCCGAGUUCGGCGACCGGAGCGACAACCACGUCGGCGUCAACCUCGGCAGCAUCGUCUCCGCCGCCUCCGCCAACGCCUCCUCUGCCUUCGGCAUCCGCCUCAACGACGGAGAGCUCCACCGGGCAUCGAUAACCUACGACGGAACCAACAAGUCCUUGUCCAUCUUCAUCGGGCCGGUCUCUUCCGAUGGGAAAGCCCGGCCCGAAAGCACAGUUAUUUUCAACAACAUUGAUCUCUCACCUUAUUUGAACGAAUACAUGUUUAUAGGAUUCUCCGGCUCCACCGGCGACGACAACCACCCUCAAAUCCACAGUGUUUGCUCUUGGAACUUCACCUCCACCACCCGGGCCCGCCUCCGGGUCCCCUCGCCGGAGAGCUGCGCGAGCAAGAUCAUGGUCGGAGACGACGGAAACAUUCCUAGCAAAACCCCGAGCAGUUUCUACAUCUUCGUCGCCGUCGUUGCUCUCGUGCUGAUGAUCAUGAUCAGCUUGUUCCUCAAUCGGAAAAAGAGGGAGAGUUACGAAUUCUCCGACGAGAUGGCGGUCGUAGGCAAGGAAAAGAAGCGGCCCGUCCCUCCGAACCGGGCACGGAAGUUCAGCCUUGCUGAGAUAUACUCAGCCACAAGAAGAUUUGGUGAAUCUCAAGCUCUUGGUAGUGAUAGGAAUAGUGUUACUUAUAAAGGGAGCUUGUUGAAUGGAUCCAAUGUGGCGGUGAAGCGGUUUACGAAGGAGGUUGUAAUCCCGGUUCGCCGGAGAAUGAUGGAGGAAGUUAAAAUGAUAGGUAAAAUCAGGCAUCCGAAUAUAGUCCCUGUAAGGGGAUGGUGCUUUGAUAAUCAAGAAACAAUAGUAUUAUACGAGUAUGUCGGGAAUGGGAGUCUGGACAAGUGGUUGUUCGGGUUUGGAGUGGUGCCAUGGACGCGACGGUUCAAGGUGGUCAAGGACGCGGCGGAAGGGUUAGCGUAUCUACAUUCGAAAGGGCUAGCACACAAGAAUGUGAAGGGUAGCAGUGUGUUUAUUGAUGUGAGCUUUAGGGCACUAUUAGGGGACUUCGGGUUCGUGUUGUCGUUGGGUGAGGCGUCGGCUCGGUUCGAGGCGAUGGUGAGUCAGAAAGUGGAUAUUUUUGAGUUUGGGGUUAUGAUGGUGGAGGUUGUGUCGGGUCGGGGCAGGGAGACCGGGUUGCUGGAUCUGGCGUGGGCUCUGCAUGAGAGCGGUGAGAAGGCGAAGCUAGUGGAUCGAAGUGUUAACCCGGAUCAAGCGGUUCGGGUCAUGGAUGUUGGGUUGAUGUGCACGUUGAAUGAGAAUAGAGGGAGGCCGAGCAUGGAGGAAGUGGUCGGGUAUUUGAAUUCGGAGAGGCCGUUGCCUGACCUGCCAACGACCCGACCCGUUUCGUUGUUCCCCUACAGCAGCACUACAGGGUUAUGCAGUGGCUACUCUUGUGGUUCAUUCAAAUAACGUCCCAUAAUAUUUUUGUAUACAAAUGUAUGUGAAAUCCAACUUUUAGGAAUAACACAAAACAAUUGUAUAGCUAAAUUUGCCCUUUUCUUUUAUUAGUAUUACUAUUAUUUAAA